UUCCGACACAACCGCCCUCCCCCUUCACCCGGCCCCGGAGCAACAGGACACGCCGCGUCUCAGCCACCGCUUUACGAUGCCCUUCCUGGAGCUGGAGAGUAACCUUGCGGCCAGCUGUUUCUCCGAGGAUCUGUUGGAGCGGUUGGCGCGGGCAGCGGCCGCCAUCCUCGACAAGCCGCAGGAGCGAAUCAAUAUCUCUGUGAGGCCAAACAUGAUAAUGGCAAUUGGAGGUAGCACGUCACCCUGUGCCCAGCUGGUUGUGUCUUCAAUCGGGGUGGUAGGAAAUGCUGAGAACAACAAGCAGCACAGCUCCAAGUUCUUUGAAUUCCUCACCAAGGAGCUGGGCUUAGGUGCAGACAGAAUCCUGAUUCGAUUUUAUCCUCUGGAGAAGUGGCAGAUUGGGAAAAAUGGUACCGUUAUGACGUUCCUGUAGAUAAAUGCUGAACUCCAAACCUUGGUUGGUCUUAAUCAACAGCCACAUCUGUGAGCACUUUACAGGACCCAAUAUUAAAACAUUUCCAUUAAUUUUAUCAAACCGAGAUUGAUUGUAAUUCAGUCAGCAAUGGUUGAGAAGUGAAGAGUCAAUUUUAGAGACACAGACUAGGUCCUGCUCAGAUGAUUGUAGCACAAUAAGUUUAGGGAGCAAACAUCUGCUUUAAGGUACGCCUACUUUAGACACUGCAUCUAUUCAAUUCAGCUUUGCCACUCGUGACUGUCAAGAAGUGGAACAGGCCUUAUAUCAACUACAAACUGAAACCUCACAAACAAACAGUAGCUGUGCUGAAGUUCUACAAUUUGGCAGUAAGAAUGUUCAUCACUCAUACCUGGGCAGUGGAGGAUAUGUCAGGGAAAUUCAGAUGUCAUAAUUGUGACCAUCUUCAAGAAAGACGGCAAAUCAAAUUACAUUAAUUACAGCUGGAUUUCCCUGCAAUUUGCUUCAAGGAAACUCAUUACCGUUCUUCAGUGGCUCAAGAGCAGCUUCCUGAAUCGUAGGGCAGUAUCAGCCACCAAAAAGUACCCUUCUGAAUCUUGCUAAAGCCUUUGACUUCAUCAAUCAGGAUGGGCUGUGCAGCAUUGGUAUUCGUUCAUUACAUUCAUGUGUACCAAGAUAGAGUGAAAAACUCAAUAGGAGACUGAUAUAAUUUCCAUGAAUAAAUCGGAUACUGCAAAAGAGGAAAUAAUGUAGAAUAUAAACAUAAAAAACGAGUAACUCAGUGGCCGGCAUUCCCCCUCUCUCUAUCCCUCCCCCACCCAAGUCGCACUACUUUCUCAUUUUCACCUGCCAACAGCUUACAAUGCCCUGUUUCUUUUAUCACCGUUACAUUUUUGCAUAUCUUUCAUUCAUUGUUCUGUAUCUCUCCACAUCACCUUCUAUAUCUCUCGUUUCCCUUAUCCCAAACCAGUCUGAAGAAGGGUCUCGACCCGAUAAGUCACCCAUUCCUUCUCUCCAGAGAUGCUGCCUGUCCCGCUGAGUUACUCCAGCUUUUUGUGUCUAUCUUUGGUUUAAACCAACAUACCAUAACAAGUAGGAGUGCAAUGGAUAUUAUGCUUUCUAUGGUGCAUCCUCCUCAAAUUUGGAAACUGAUCGCCAUUUUAUUUUUGCUUCGUAAUGGCAAACAAAUGAUCCAAACUAAUGGAUCCACAAUAGACCGGUCUCAGUCUCAAUGCAAACUAGUAUCAAGCAAGGCUGCAUCAAUACUCCGACUGCAUCUUUCUGCAGAUGUAACUGGCAACUAAUUCCAUUCCAGCAAGAAACUUAUCUAUAGGACUAAUAGGAAACUCUUGAACUUAUGUCACCUCCACUUUAGAAUCAACGUUACUCUAACAGCAGAGCACGAACUGCUGUACACAUUGGCACUUGUAGUUGCACAGGUCAGAGGCUGACCUCCAAAUGAUCAUUGACUCAUUCACCGAUAUAUAUGAGGAUGGAUGUUACAUCUAACAUCUGCAGAACAAAAAAAGACACAAAGUGCUGGAGUAACUCAGUGGGUCAGGCAGCAUCUUUGGAGGUGACGUUUUUGGUUGGGGCCCCUUCUUCAGACCUGCAGAACAAAAGUCCUCUUGUCUAUCCCGCUGCACAACACUGGCAUCUGACAAUAUCUGCCUACGACGAGACUCUGAAAGUGUGGACCAUUUCCCAUAUCUCAGAGCCACCACUCAGAGAAUGUGUGCAUGGGUGAUGAAAUUCAUAAUCAUCAUCGGUGCAAAAGUACAACUUUUAGCCAGCUGAGGACAAGAAUAUUUGACGAACAAGACAUUAAACCCCACAGAAAAUCUGGACAACCAUGCAGCAGUAAUCCCUAUCAUGGUUACAUAUUCUGUUGUGCUGCAGCAAGUAAGGAUUUCAUUGUUCUAUCUGGGACACAUGAUAAUAAAACACUCUUGACUACCCCACAUUCCAAAGACGUGACUACCAAAAAAGUGGGCAUUGGACUGCUGAGAAAUGAUGCUGGAGAAGUAGUAAUGGGGAAUAAAUAAAUAACGGACAACGUGAAUGUUUUUUGCAUCAGUCUUCACAAUGGAGCAUACCAGCAACAUGCCAGGAAGCAGAAGUGAGUGCAGUCACUAUUACUCAGGAGAAGGUGCUUGGGCCUGAAGGUGGAUACAUCACCUGGACCAGAUGGACUACAUCCCAGGGUUCUGAAAGUGGUAGCUGUAGAGAUUGUGGAGGGAUUAGUAGUGAUCUUUUAAGAAUCAUUGGAAUCAGAAAUGGUUCCAGAGGACUGGAAAGUCACAAAUGUAACUCCACUGUUUAAGAGGAAGUGAGGCAUAAGAAAGGGAAUAUAGUGGUUGGUAAGAUUUUAGAGUCCAUUAUUAAGGACAAUGUUUUGGGGGAUUUGGAAGCGACACAAUAGGCUGAAGUCUGCAUGGUGUUGUUAAUGGGAGAUCUUGCCUGACAUAUCUGUUGGAAAUCUUUGAGGAAGUAACAAACAGGAUAGACAAAGGAGAGUCAGUGGAUGUUAUUUUCAGAAGGCCUUUGAUAAAGUGCCACACACGAGGCUGCUAAACAAGAUAGGAGCCCAUGGUAUUAGAGGCAAGGUAAUAGCAUAGAUAGACAUCUAAGUCGUAUAUAUGUACAGUAUCACAAACAAUAGAGGUCCCAUCACAAAUCCCAGAAGAACUUCACUAGUCACAGAUCUGCAGCAAGAAUAACACCAUUCCUCCACAAUCCUUUGUCUCUUAUGAAUGAGACAGUUCUGAAUCUAAACAAUACUUCAGACUGAUUAGAGCAAGAGAUAGAAAUAUGAUAAAGAGAGAUUGGUUGGGGCAAAACCUGGCAGGUGAGAGAUGGCUACAGGUGAGGAGGGGUUGAUUGGUGAAGAUAGUGUAGAAAGAGAGAAAGGGAUCAGGGUGACGGGUUUAGUGGGAGAAAGGUGUGCAUGGAUGGGGGGGGGGGGGGGGGGGGAGGGUUACUUGCUCAACCAUUGAGUUGUAGGCUACCCAUGUGAAAUACGAGGAACUGUUCUUCCAGUUUGUACAUGACCUCAAUCUGGCAGUGGAGUAGGCAGUAGGGGAAUGGGAAGGGGCGUUAAAAUGGCCAGCAAAUGGUGCACAUGAUGGCACCUCCUCUACAUCAGUGAGACCAAUCAUGAUUGCACUGGGCAACUGUUUUGCCAAAUACUCAUGUUCUGUCUGCCAGGGCUUAGUUGGGUGGGAUGGUGAAGUGAUUGGCGAGAGUGGUGAUUGUGGUUUGUGAGGGGGGCUGUAGUAGCCAUUUAGCUUAACUCAGUAUGUUAUAACUAUAACCAGUUACCUUUAAAUUUAAUCUGCCUGUAUUUAUGUGGGUGGGAAUUAUACGUAGUCUGAGGAGUGUUUGCGGCUGGGAUUGUCGUGCAGACUCCCAAGGAGUUUAGUUUAGUUCGAAGAAGAUCAAGGAAGAGACAGUUUUUGACCAUGCACGAACAUGACCACGAGUAUGAUUGAAAUGUGCUUAUACAAGAAGCUAGUAUGAAUUAUCUUACUGUUUGUACUACUACAAUAAACUUUUAAUCAGGA